UCUGCCUGCCAUCGAAUCCACAGUUACUCCGCAGGCUUCGCUAUCGCCUCUGUGGUGUUGACGGAAACUAUUCAUGCAGCCUACUUUGUCAGCGAGCACGGACAUAACAUACAUUUAGUCAUCGGGCACGAAGAGCCUGUAGCCUAUUCAUCGAUCUAAUCGUAUUGUGCAUGAUAGAUAAAUGUUCUAACUUUACGCACGUAGAAUAGACAACAUCAAUCCACGUCAAGGCACUUGUUGAUUUGAAUAGGCUUCCUCACAGCCGUCCGCUGCUUGGGAGUACUACUUAGUUUUUGGGGUGGUGACCUGCGGCUACAGAUGGAUCGGAGUCCAUUGGGAGGUUGUCAUUAGUUUACCCAGGUUGUGUGUUACAGAGGCGGCUACAAAUGGCGAUGAUCCUCGGUUUUUAAGAGGUGGACAGCCCGGCAGCGUCCUUCAGGAACGUCAACAUCCUCACUAUCAGCUACCGAGGGAGGGGGCAUGGGCAACCAGGUGGAUAAAAUGAAACUGUCACAUCUAAGUUACGCAGAAGUUCCCACAAUGGACCCCAACGGGCUGGACACUGAGGAGGGUCCUCGGAUCGGAGUGUCAUAUAUUUUCUCAACAGAUGACGAGGAACAGGAGGGUGAAAACCGUAACGUAGACGGAGCGGAUAAGGAGCACCACACUGGUACGGAACAGAAACACUACGACAAGCGCAACGAGGUGGAUUGCGCUGUUUACCACCGGGAGGAAUGUAUUUAUGAGAAGAGCGUCAAGACCGCGGGCAUGGAAAUAUACUCCCCCGAGAACAUACUACACAAAUGCAAGGCAGGUGACCUGGUGGAGUUUGUAACCACGGGGCAGUACCCCCACUGGGCGGUGUAUGUCGGUGACUUCCAGGUGGUGCACCUGCACAGAGCAGAGAUAAAGAACAGCUUCCUGACAGACGCCAGCCAGGGAAGGAGAUGUAGGAUAGUCAACGAUCUGUAUAAAUUCAAAGCCCUCAGUGCCGAGAUGGUGGUUCAGAACGCUAUGGAACAGGUAGGAGCUAAAGACAGAGAGUUGAGCUGGAGAAAUUCAGAGUGCUUUGCCGCUUGGUGCAGGUUUGGCAAACGGGAGUUCAAAAUGGGCGGGGAGAUCCGGAUAGGAAAACAGCCAUACAGGUUAAAGAUCCUGAUGUCAGAUAAACAGUCUCACAUGCUGGAGUUCCAGUGUUUAGAGGACUUGGUCACGGAGAAGAGGAGACACGACCAGGUGGGAAGGACAUCAGUGGUCCAGGAGCUGGCCAAUCAUUUGAACAGUGUGGAAGAGAUCAAAAGGAAUCCACUCAGUGAUCCAAUAACUGCACAGAUUGCUCAGUGAUCUGAUGGAUUUAAGAUGAUGAUGUCCCUUUCCUAUCUAAUCACAGACCACUAAGUGGAGUACCAAACACACAUUUUAUAAUACAUGUUGAUGAAUUGAAUCAAAUGGCACAUUCUGUUUUUUGAUGAAUUGAAUCAAAUGGCACAUUCUGAUGAAUAGAAUCAAAUGGCACAUUCUGAUGAAUAGAAUCAAAUGGCACAUUCUGUUUUUUGAUGAAUAGAAUCAAAUGGCACAUUCUGUUUUUUGAUGAAUAGAAUCAAAUGGCACAUUCUGAUGAAUAGAAUCAAAUGGCACAUUCUGUUUUUUGAUGAAUAGAAUCAAAUGGCACAUUCUGUUUUUUGAUGAAUAGAAUCAAAUGGCACAUUCUGUUUUUUGAUGAAUAGAAUCAAAUGGCACAUUCUGUUUUUUGAUGAAUAGAAUCAAAUGGCACAUUCUGUUUUUUGAUGAAUAGAAUCAAAUGGCACAUUCUGUUUUUUGAUGAAUAGAAUCAAAUGGCACAUUCUGUUUUUUGAUGAAUAGAAUCAAAUGGCACAUUCUGAUGAAUAGAAUCAAAUGGCACAUUCUGUUUUUUGAUGAAUAGAAUCAAAUGGCACAUUCUGUUUUUUGAUGAAUAGAAUCAAAUGGCACAUUCUGUUUUUUGAUGAAUAGAAUCAAAUGGCACAUUCUGUUUUUUGAUGAAUAGAAUCAAAUGGCACAUUCUGUUUUUUUGAUGAAUAGAAUCAAAUGGCACAUUCUGUUUUUUGAUGAAUAGAAUCAAAUGGCACAUUCUGUUUUUUGAUGAAUAGAAUCAAAUGGCACAUUCUGUUUUUUGAUGAAUAGAAUCAAAUGGCACAUUCUGAUGAAUAGAAUCAAAUGGCACAUUCUGUUUUUUGAUGAAUAGAAUCAAAUGGCACAUUCUGUUUUUUGAUGAAUAGAAUCAAAUGGCACAUUCUGAUGAAUAGAAUCAAAUGGCACAUUCUGUUUUUUGAUGAAUAGAAUCAAAUGGCACAUUCUGUUUUUUGAUUGAUGGAGAAAAUUGUCUCAAAGGUGCAGAAUAUGAUUUGUUUAUGAAUCAUAAUGAAAACAUGUUGUAGAGCAUAGGUUGAUCAAUCAUCUCGCUUAUUGUACCGUACCAAUCAUCUGAGUCAAGUAAAUUAUCAUUACAUCUUUGCAA